AUGGCAGGAAGAGGUGGAAGAAAUGAUGAUGCGAUCGCUGAGACUCUAGGUAUGAUUGUUGGCGUGCUGAGAGGAAAUGCCAAUGGUGCUGGGAUUGGUGCGAACAGGCAAUUGGCAGAAUUUCAGAGGAACUAUCCUCCAUUGUUCAAAGACACUCACAACCCUAAUGGUGUUCAGAAGUGGCUGAAGGAAAUUGAAAGAAUCUUUCAAGUGAUCGAUUGUGCAGAGAAUGUGAAUGUGAGAGCUGAAUUGGAUUCUUACAGUAUAGCAAUUACUUGGGCCAUAUUUAAGAGGGAAUUUCUGAGGAAGUACUUUCCUAAAGAUGUUCAGGGAAGGAAGGAAAUUGAGUUUUUGGAAUUGAAACAAGGUAGUAUGACGGUGCCGGAGUAUGCUUCCAAAUUUGUUGAGUUGGCUAAGUACUACGUGCACUACAAAAAUGAUGAAGCUGGUGAAUUCUCAAAAAUCUUUGAGGAGGAUAACCUUAGGAUGAAGUCAUCUUACUCUCGCGAGUUGGUUGACAAGAAGGGUAAGAAACCUGUGGAUCGAGGUAAGCCAUAUGGUAAAGGAAAUCCAAGAGCUGGUGAUGGGAAAAGGCCUAGUGGGGGAGAUUAUGGGGCUUUUGUUAGAUGCUAUAAUUGUGGCAAAGUCGGACAUCGUAGGAAUGAGUGUAAGGCUGAACAGAAAACGUGCUUCAAGUGUGGUAAAGUGGGUCAUGUUGCUGCUGACUGUAAGAUGAAGACUACGGUUAUUUUUCCUAAAGAGGCUAGUGUCGAGGACUUAGCGAUGACUGCGAGACAAGUGGGUGAGGCGGUUAAAGACGGGGCAGCCGUGUUUAUGUUAUUUGCAUCAAUGGAGAUGAAGGGAAAAUCAGUGAGUAGUGAAUUGCCAGUGGUGUGUGAUUUUCCGGAAGUUUUUUCAGAAGAUGUUAGAGAGUUGCCGCCUGAGAGAGAAGUGGAAUUCGCUAUCGAGUUGAUUCCUGGAACUAAUGAUAUUCUUAUAUAUUCCAAGAAUGAAGAAGAGCACGCAGAUCAUCUUAGAGUUGUGUUGGAAUUAUUGAAAGAGAAUAAGCUUUAUGCUAAGCUAUCAAAGUGUGAGUUCUGGUUAAGUGAAGUUACUACAGAAAAUUUAAAGAAGGAUUUUAGAAGUUAG